UUUGAAUGUAUGAAUGAAUGCAAUGUUUGUUUACAUGAGAGGUGUGUUUGUCUAUCACUUAAACACAUCCAACAAAUAACCACUGAUGGGUUGAUAACAUAACAACAACAACAACAUUGUUAUUAUCUUUACAAAUGAAGUACAAGACAUUGAAAUUGUUGUUAUAUUUGUUAACAAUAUUUCCAAUAAUAAUAACAAUUGUUAUAUAUUUUGCAAAUGUUUUGUUAUAUUUAUUUCUUGUAAUUGUUAUCACUUUAAUUGGUCUUUAUUUGGGCGUUAAAUCCUAUGAAAGACAAUUAAUGGACAAUUAUCAGCAACAAUAUGAUAGCAAUAAUAUUAAUACAUUAAAAUUGAAUCCAAAGUACAACUCAAGACAUAAUGACAACAAAAAAACUUUUGACGAUCCGAUCGACAACUACUUCAAGAGUCGGACUCUUGUGUCCACAAAUGUGGAUCAACUUAUGGAAGAGAUUGUCGACAAUUGUCUCAGAGAUUUUCUGUUUGUUUGGUACAAGAAUUUAGUCAAAGAUUGUGAUAGUGACAGACUGUCCACAAAAAUUAAAAAUGAAUUUUGGGAAGUGUUGGCAAAUGUUGUUAUCAGAAUGCGAUCCAUCGAUUUGGUUAAGUUUUUUACACGUAAUGCUGUCAAUCGGUUCUUAAAGCACUUCCAAAAGAUAACUGUUUGUAUGAAUGGCCCGAAAGAUAACCAGAAAAAUGUUUAUCAUUUGAGCGCACAUUUGACUGAAGACAAAGAACUAGAAUUUAUUAGAAAAUUAUGUGAUUUUUUAUUAACAAUUUUACUGCCAAAGAGUUACGCGAAAAGCAAACCACUGAAACAUCUCUUAAGAGAGAUACUAUCAGUUCAACUAUUGAAUGCCAUUAAUCUAAUAUGUGAUCCAAUUUAUUUGAAUCAAAAACUUUUAGAUUAUCUUAAAUAUCAUAAGAUUGAGUCCGAAAAACAUCAACAAACUUAUGCCUACGCAGAAACAUAUGAGGACUUUAUUAAAAUGAUUAACCAUUGCUGUGAUGUUGAAGAUCUCAAAAGGAUCCGAUUUCAGGUGAUCACCGAAAUAAUGGAGGCAACUGUUAUCAAUAAUUUAAAGAAAGAGCGCGGAAUAGACAUGAAUGAGAAGAUGUUUUCGGGACCUAUCACUUCUGCCAAAGGAGACCUACUUCAGGCACGAAAUCUCAAGAGAUAUAUAAAUCAAUUAACAUUUGCAAAAAAUCAAUGCGAGAAACGAAUCAAUGCUAUUAACGGCAUUAACAAUCGGGAAGUGUUGACCCGGAAGAAUGUGCUUUUUUCGUCAGAUUCAUUGCCACAACCAAAUCGUAAGACUGUACUCGGAUUCAAAGUAAUAAUGACUUCAGAGAUAUGUCGAUCAUAUUUGAAAAAGUUUAUGCAAUAUUCACUAAUAAGCAGUUCCAGUACUCCGGAAAGUAGACGCCAUUUGAUUGUUUUUUGGGAAUCAGUAGAUCAGUUGUCCAAACAAGAAAUUAGCAAACAAUAUGAAAUCGCUAACGAAAUAUUAAAUAAUCCAAAUUUUAAAUAUAAUUUUAUAAAACUAAUUAAUUUAUCAAAGAAUACAUUGAAAACAAUGGAAGAAUUUGUUUUGGGUAACAGAGGACCCGAAGCCUAUUUUACUGCACAGACAAUGGUCUAUGAAAUACUCGAAAAUAGAUAUUAUCCGUUGUUUAUUGUAAGCAAAGAAUACAAUGAAAUGUUGGAUCAGAUGCACGAAACUCUGCAAAGCAGUCGCGAGUCGACUCAACAAAGCGAUGAAAGUCAAACUGAUGAAAGCGAUUCAGAAUUAGACUAUCUUCGGGAACAAAGUUUAGUUGAUAUAAGCAAUUCAAUUGUCGAGAUUCAUGUUUCGCAAACAAAGGUAAUAUUAGAAAAUCUCUCACAAAAACUAAACGACAAAAGAAAUGCUUUAAAAGCGUUAAAAAAAUCUGAAACGGAAAAACUGACCACAAAUUCACUAAAUGUUAACCAAAAGUUGAUUCAAUUACUUGAGAAAGAAAUUGAUGAUAUAAUGCGUGAAUGCAGUCAAUAUGAAUCACAUCUGGUCUGUACUGAGCUAUGGAUCAAAGGAAUGGGUCACUGGAGAGCUGAGAUACAUAACAUUGAAAUGGAUAACAUCGAUGGUUACUAUUUGGCAAUAAUUAUUGUUUAUAGAAAUGAUGUGAAGGAAAGUUCUUCCAAUGGAUGGAUUGUUGCCAGAAAUGUCCAACAAUUUCAUGAAUUAAAAAGAAAACUGAUUCACUAUUUUCCUAAUUUAAAACGUUAUGAUUUACCAAAAUUUUACAAAAGAUUUAUAUCAUUAAAUGAAACACAUUUGAAUGUUAUGAAGAAAAAGUUGCAAAUGUUUUUGGAUGUGUUGACAACAAAUGACAAAAUAUACAGCAGUGAAGAACUAUUUCUAUUCCUAUCUCAAAGUGCUGACAGUGUUAGGAAACCUAUUAACAGACAACACAACACUUCGACUAUUCGGUCAAAAAUGUUUCCGUUGGCCAAACUAUUUGGUAUCGCAAGUCAACCAUACGAAAGACAUUUGUCUAGCGAUUCCAACAGUGAGGACGUCGAUCAUCAUCAACAACAGAUAUCAGACAAUCAGUUCUUAAUUCUAAAUGAUUUAGAAAAUGAAGACAAUAUUAAAGAUGAUAUCGCGGAAUCACUUUAUGAUCUCAUUAGCGAAAUAUUUGAAUUGAAAACCAUAACAAAAUGGUUACGCAGGAGUCUCAUGACAUUUGUUCAGAUGACUUACGGCCAGACUAUUAAUAAACAAUUGUACUCAACGGCCGAAUGGUUGGCCUCUGAAUCCAUGAUUUAUUACUAUUUGACUUCAUUUCGGGACUCGUUGUGGCCAAAUGGCAAGCUAUCCGAACCCUGGCCUCACAAUUCUCUAGAGGAACGAAAAAGAGUACAAAUUCUUGCUAAACAACAUCUUUUAAAUAGUAUUCCCGAAGUUUUCAACAAUCUUUUGGGUCAACAAAAUGUGAGAAAAGGAGUCGUCAAGGCUUUUGAUGGAUUGCAGAAUCAAUUACUAAAUAAACAACUAUUUUAUGAAAUAGUAGAAACAUUUAUUUUUGAAUUCGCACCUGAAUUGAAAAGUUAUUAAAAUUUUAUAUUUAGUUAUUAAAUCAAAUUUCAAAUUUUAUUUUUAUAAAAUUAAAACCACAUACAUA